AUGGAGAAUAGGCUAGACAAACUUGAAUCCGACGUGAAGAAGAUUCUUGGUAUUGAGGGGCAAUUGGAACAGAUCGGUGCCACCUCGCGGAAUCCGAGCACCGCUAGAUCCGGAGCCUCUAUGGCGGCGGACCACGAGGACGAGGUAACUAUGGGGGUGGAGGCUAUCGAGGCGAGAGAAGCUCGAAGGUCGUUGGGGUGUGUUUUGAAGGCGAGGCUCGGGCCGGCUUCGAUUCGAAGAGAGGAGCACGGUCUUUACUACAUGGGAUGCACCGAAAUCCCGAGUGCUACAACGCGAGCUUCGAUGGGGAAGGUGGAUGACGAGACAAUGACGACUGUCUUUGUUAAUGGACUCGAUGAGAAGUUGUGA